CUCAAAACAAACGGAGGCAACGUGACAGCGGAAAUGUCCCGGUGUGUGUGUGACUGAAUCCUCCGCUCAGAUCAACUACCGUAAUCAUUCUAAUAAUAAUAAUAGCGUUACACUUUUAACUCAAGAGUGCACAAAGAGACCAAACCACGCCGGAACCAGGACUUAGCAGGUCAGCUGUUGUGAGAGGAGGAACCUCGGAGUUGGAGCCAUGUUGUCGGCAGAGGAGAUUCUAUGCAGCACGCAGCAGGUAAUCGCGGGGCUGGAGGCUUUGAAAGGAGAGAACCGCAGUCUGCUGGAGACGCUGCAGGAAGCCACGGAGAGCCAGCCGGCGUCGGAGAGUGUCAGCGUGGAGCAGGAGAAGAGCGGCAUCAUCCGCCAAUCACUGGAGAGGAUAGAGCUGGGGCUGAGUGAGGCACAGGUGAUGAUGGCGUUGUCGGCUCACCUGGGUUCACUGGAGGCAGAGAAACAGAAGCUGCGAGCUCAGGUGCGUCGUCUCUGUCAGGAGAACCAGUGGUUGAGGGACGAGCUUGCCCGGGCUCAGCAGCAGCUGCAGGACAGGGAGCAGGAGGUGGUCACCCUGGAGGAGCAGAACAGACACCUGCAGUUCAUGUCCUCCAUACGCAAAUACGACCAGGAGGAGCCGCUGCUGGAAGACAAAGAGACGUCUUCCACCAAGGAGUCUCUGGACGACCUCUUUCCUGCCGAGGACGAGGAGCAGUCACAGAUGUCGCAGCCUCAUCACAGCAGCGCAGCAGCCGCAGCCCAGCAGGGAGGCUACGAGAUCCCCGCCCGCCUUCGAACGCUCCACAACCUGGUCAUCCAGUACGCAUCCCAGGGCCGAUACGAGGUCGCCGUACCGCUCUGCAAACAGGCCUUGGAAGACCUGGAGAAGUCCUCAGGUCACACCCACCCAGAUGUAGCCACCAUGUUGAAUAUACUGGCGCUGGUGUACAGAGACCAGAAUAAAUAUAAAGAAGCGGCCAACCUGCUGAACGACGCGCUGGCCAUCAGGGAGAAAACUCUGGGCAUGGACCAUCCAGCUGUGGCAGCAACACUCAAUAACCUGGCAGUGCUUUAUGGGAAAAGGGGAAAAUACAAGGAAGCAGAGCCGCUGUGUAAAAGAGCUCUGGAGAUCAGAGAGAAGGUUUUGGGUACAGACCAUCCAGAUGUGGCCAAGCAGCUGAACAACCUGGCUCUGCUGUGUCAGAAUCAGGGGAAAUACCAGGAGGUGGAGCAGUACUACGAACGCGCUCUGCACAUCUACCAGAGCAAACUGGGACCAGAUGACGCCAACGUGGCCAAGACCAAGAAUAACCUGGCUUCCUGUUAUCUGAAGCAGGGAAAAUACAGACAAGCCGAAGCCCUUUACAAAGAGAUCCUUACAAGAGCGCAUGAAAAGGAGUUUGGAUCUGUAGAAGGUGACGGUCGUCCCAGCUGGUCCGGCGGCGAGGACGGCGGCUCCAGAGCAGACGGACUCGGCAACCUGAAGCGCAGCGGCUCCUUCACCAAACUCAGAGAGUCGAUACGACGAAGCAGCGAGAAACUCAUCCGCAAGCUGAAAGUCGCAGCCAUGGAGGAGACAACCCCGAGGAAUGCCGGGAUGAAAAGGGCAAACUCUCUGAAUGUGUUGAAUGUCGGAGCUGGAGAAUCUCAGGACGGAUCUCAGUUGAGUCAAUUGACAGAUCGUCGAUCCCUGAGCUGCAGCACGCAGAACCUGACGAGACGGGGGUCACUCGGUGGGACCAUAACACACACACCUUAAAGGAUAAUUAGACAAAUGUUCACACAGUCCGCUGCUCUGAAUCAAUCUGAUAUCGAACACUACAGUGGAUUUAAAUACCCUUAAGCAAAACUAAGAUAAUAAUUGUAACAACUGGAGCCUUUUUCGACAUCUAACUUGCACCUGAGUGAUUCUCAUGAACACGAUACAACUCCAACUCCACGUAGGUCAUAAAUCUUUGAAUAUUUAAACUAUAAUAUAUAAAGUUAUUGAAAUCAGUUGAGAAAUGUAAACGUUUUAAUAGUUUUUCUCCAGAAAAACUGCAGCAGUCAAUGCAUCGUCUAUGAUCUAUUGUCUCCUCUUGUUUGUGGUGCUGUGAAUGGUGCAAUGGUAACGAAAGCUGCAUGUUCGGACACUGAUAUAUGUAUUUAUACAAUGCUGGAAACCAUUAUAUCUGAUCAAUCUGUUAAAUUCUACAAUUUUCUACAAAUUUAUAUUUAAAUCCCUAAACUUGCUUGAAUAUUUAUUAUGCUAAAUUGAGGGGAAACCAUUUAAUUUUUCUCCAAGGCGCAAUUACAGUAAUGAAUUAGUGACUCAUAAAUCUUUAAAAAAAACAUAUAAAAUACUUUUAUUUACAUAUAUUAUAUUUUGGUGCUUAACAGCAAACCGUAACAUGUAAUAGACAUGUUGUAGUGUCAAAUAAAAGUGAAUCAUUUUACGUUUUGUACGUUACGUACGAGUAUGUCCCUAAAAUCUUCAGACAUAUGUUGCGUUUGGCUUCAUGAGAAUCACUCAACUGUUUUCACCAUUUUGCUCUAAAUAAGUAACAGAAUAUUAUUGUUUUCUUUGUCCUUCACAGUAUAAAAUGACAUGUUUGUCUCCAGUAAUGAAAGGUGAUUAAAAAGUCAUUAGCGCCACAUUUCUACAUUGCACUAGAACCACUAAUACAUCUACACUUUCCUUCCUGUUCACUUGAAAUGUACCUUCAUUCCUUCCUGAGUAUUACAAGUUAAUUAUAAACGUAAAAAACAUAAUCUCACUUUAGACCACUUACAAUUAAAACCAGCAUUUACAAUGUAGGAAAACUUAUAUUUUCACUAUAUUGGCAUAAAUGAGACCAAAUCCUUUGCAGAUUAACAGAAAUCUGUCAUAAUUAUUGUCACAUUUACUUUAUUAGGAUUUAAUUAUGCUUGUUUUGCCCUUUUUUAUAUCUUUUUUUUUUUUUAAACCAUAUUUAAUAAUUUCUCUUUUGAGAAGCACAGGGAUGAAAAGUCGUUUGCACAAUCAUUAAUGCAUGUGAUGUUUGUCCAAAUAUAAAUGUUACAUUUUGGUUUACGAGGUAGAAGUAAAGCUACAAAGUUUAUACUGUUUAAAAAAAAGUUACUUAAAUGUUUACCAUGUGCAGGUCAUAGAAAUUAUAUUUUCAUAUCAGAGCUAAUAAUUUACAAAAACAAACAAACAUUUUAUUCCACAUUAUUAAACUAAGGACCAAAUUUUUAUGACUGAAUUUAAGUUUAAAGAAUCUAAAAUGUUUCAUGAAUCAGUUAAAAAAAACUGCUGCAAAAUGAAGGUACGUGUCACUGAAAGAUGGUAUUUUAAAAGGAUUGUCAAUGCUUUUUGCACAUUAUCAGUUAAUAUAUUUAAUUUAAACGUUUAACUGUAGCAAACUGUAAUUGAAUAUUAACCAUCCCAAUUACGCUUGAUGAACUUCACAGAUUAUUUAUUCGUUCAUAAAAUAUUUUAAGUUUUCUAGAUACUCAAAAUUGUGUGCCUGAGUCAAAGUUGUAAUGCAAAAAUUCCCAAACUUUGAUUUUUUCAUUCGCUAUUUGGAUUAAAAUGAAGCGACUCACUUAAAAAUCAAGACUAAUUAAGACAGAUCUGUACAGUUUACCCAAAGCCACUCUAAAGGAUUAAAUCAUUUCAGACUUUUGUUGCCUCUCAGCAGCAGUGCAUUUAAACAUUUUUUUUAAAAAGACAAAAUGGCAUGUAGAUGUAAUGCUGUGUUUUUUACCCACAGGGGUGAAAAUAGCUCAUUACAGCAUGAACAACGUUUUCAAGUAGUUUUCUUCCUCCUUGUAAUUUUACUCCUAUUCCUCUUCACUGAAAUGCCUGUUAAACUACUCUACAACUUACCAUAUACUCACUAUAAUAAACCAUAAACCCGCUUUCUAAAUUUUAAAUAGGACAUUUGGUAGAUUUCUUUGUGCUUUUUAUUAAGUUUAAAUCUAUAGUAGCAAGAAUUACUUGAACUAGUUACUUGAAUUUGAGACUCAAGUCAAAAUUUAGGUGAAAUAACAACAAAAACUGAUUCUUCCAUUUUUAUAAAUAAACACUCAGGAAUGUUUUAAGAAAGAAAGAUACUGAUGCAAAAUAGAUGGAGAGAGUGCUGCUAAGAAAUCUCCCUUAAAAUGACCACUGGAUUUUAUUUCAAGAAACUCCUGUUUGGGCUCUAAUAAAGUUUUAUUUUUGCUCAUAAACGAACAUAUAACCUAUUUUUUCAUGAUGGUGAAAGAACUAUUGAUUGUACGUCUGCUGUGGUAGAAAACACUUUCACUGCUGUUUAUUUAAAAGGGUUGAAAAUUAUUAGUUUUCUUGUAGAAAAUCCAGUCUGUUACCAGCUUUUACUGAAGCAUUGUGAGAAUGUUAACGUACGAAAUGAAAACAAUGAAAAAACUAUUAUGUAGAAAAUACGGACAAUUAUUUCAUCAUGUGCUGUGCUUAUUCUGGUAAAAUAAAUAUGAAUGUUUGUAUUUUAUAUUUGCAAAGUUGAGCUGAAAUGUAAAAUAAAAGUAUGAGAAGAUGUAAAACUUUAAAUUUUAGUGUGUGUGUGUGUGUGUGUUUGCAUGGAAAUGCUUUGGGGGUUUUUUUUAGGGUUGGUGCUCUUGUUAUGUUUGGAUAACAUAACAUAAAAUUAAGGUUUGUUAAAAUGUACUUUUCGUAUUUUUGUUGGUUUUAUGUCAUUUGAAAUGACA